UGGUUAAUUUUCGACGAUUGUUCAAAACUUUUAGCGUUUGCUGAAUCGAGCUGAGGUUUGGGUCUUUCUUUAUUUUUUGUAUAUAUUUAUAUUUUUUCGGGUCUACACAUUAUAACCGAGUUUAGGCGUUGUUUAUUGGAGUUUUGCACCACCAACACGACAGGAAUGAGUUUGUUGGAAAUCAGUGAGAACGUAAAGUUGGCCAGAGAGUACGCCCUUCUGGGGAACUACAGCUCGGCCGUGGUCUACUACCAGGGCGUACUUGAGCAGAUCAGGAAGUACCUGCUCUCGGUGCGAGACGCGUCCGUGCAGCAAAAAUGGCAGCAGGUUUGGCAGGAGAUAAACGAGGAGAACAAGCACGUGAGGGACAUCAUGACCACGCUGGAGAGCUUUCAGCUGGACAGCGCGCCAUCAAAACCCAGCAGUUUCAGCCAGGAGAACGACAUCAUGCCUGUUCAGGUCGAACAUAGGUCGUCCCCGUGCGCCGUACGCAAAGCCCCGGUGCCGCACAAAGACGGUAAAGCUCACGGUAGCAGAUUGAGCGCCGGGCCACGCUCCCAACCUCGACAGUCGCCACGCGUCGUCAACGGCAACCGAGCGAAACCGCCGAAGGGCAAAGAGAAGAAGGAAAACGCGCCGAAGCAGAAAGACGACAAGAGCAAAGCAUCCCCCGAGGCCCCCGAGCCGGAGCCGAAGAGGUUCGAAAGAGGAGGAGGAGAAGACCGGGACCUGAUCGAUGCGCUCGAGCGAGACAUCAUUUCCCAGAACCCCAACGUGAAGUGGGACGACAUCGCUGAUCUGGAGGAACCCAAGAAGCUCCUAAAGGAGGCCGUGGUGCUGCCCAUGUGGAUGCCCGAGUUCUUUAAGGGGAUCAGGCGACCGUGGAAGGGCGUGCUCAUGGUCGGCCCCCCGGGUACAGGAAAGACCCUGCUGGCGAAAGCGGUAGCGACAGAAUGCCACACCACCUUCUUCAACAUCUCGUCCUCUUCACUUACCUCCAAAUACAGAGGCGAGUCGGAGAAACUUGUGCGCCUGCUGUUCGAAAUGGCGCGGUUCUACGCUCCCACCACCAUCUUCAUCGACGAGAUCGACUCGAUGUGCAGCCGCAGGGGAACAUCGGAGGAGCACGAAGCGAGCAGACGCGUCAAAGCUGAACUUCUCGUGCAAAUGGAUGGGGUCGGAGGAUCGUCAGAUAACGACCCUUCGAAAAUGGUGAUGGUCCUUGCAGCCACAAACUUCCCUUGGGACAUCGACGAAGCUCUGAGACGCCGCCUGGAGAAACGGAUCUACAUCCCACUGCCCACAGCGAAGGGCCGUGCCGACCUGCUGAAGAUCAACCUGAAGGAGCUGGAGCUGGCUAACGACGUGGAGAUGGAGAAGAUCGCAGAGCAGAUGGAGGGAUAUUCGGGCGCCGACAUCACCAACGUCUGCAGAGACGCUUCUCUGAUGGCCAUGAGACGACGGAUCGAGGGUCUGACCCAAGAGGAGAUCCGGAACAUUUCCCGAGACGAGAUGCACAUGCCCACCACCAUGGAGGAUUUCCAGAUGGCCCUGACCAAAGUGUCGAAAACGGUCUCUGCCUCCGACCUUGAGAAAUACGAGAAGUGGAUCUCGGAGUUCGGCUCCUGUUGACCUCAUUCUCACCCCGGGGGGUAAAACUCUAAGUAUAUAUUUUUAAAGGGGCAGUUUGUAAUAAGAAUAUUUAUAGACACUUUAUUAAAGAGCAAAUCUGAUCUGGAGAAAUGGCAUUUCAAAAAAACGACAAACUGCACCUUUAAAUUAUUUCAGCACUUUGAAAAGGCGCCUCCGUCGACAAAGCAGGAAACGUGACCAAUCAGCACUUAGUCUGUGUGUUAAAGUCAAGGCUGUGAUUUAUUGGAAUCGUCUUCACAUACCAAAUAUUUUAUAAUGCACAAUAACAUUUUUUAAUACACUGCCAUUCAUUCGAGGUGCUGCAUCGAGGAUGAAUUUCAAACACACUACUUCCAAUCAGUGGUUUUUUUUCUAGUGUCCCAGGUGUAUUUUUAAGCUGAUCAUGAUGUCUAUGUAAUAAAGUCCUAUAUACAGUA